AUGUCGUUCCUUGCUCGGGUCAAUACGGUGCAUGCUACGGCCAGAAUCUCCCCUGCCUUGUCCGUGACUGCGGCUAGGUCUAUGUCCUCAACGGCUCGACUGAACAGGGGUCCUGUCGGCGUAGCCAGAGACACACUUAGGAAGGCGGAUAGAACAGUUUCCGGUGCCGCUGUGAAGGGUAUUGAGAAGGGAGAACAAGCCCGAGACAAACUCAAGGAUGCCGUCCAGAUCACGAAUAAGGAGGCCAAGUUCAGGACCGAAAGAAUGAAGGGAGACGUUGCUGAAGUGGCAGGCCAAGGUGGACGCAAGGCUGAAGAAGCUCUCGACGAGUCAAGGUCCACAGCUAGAGGUCUAGCAGGCAAAACCGGUUGA